AUGUCACAUCCGUUCUUGACCCCCACAGUUGACGGUCUUGCGACACCCUCAACCCUCGAUCUUGAUUCCAAUCACUCCGGUGAAGAUGAUUAUGAUGAUCUUCCUCACUUGGACUCUGACUCCGACUCUGACUCCAACUCUAACUCCAGCUCCGAUUCCGACUCCGACUACUACUCCUACUCCUAUUCCUAUUCUUACUCCUAUAAGUAUGCACCUUAA